AUGAACAUUCGCUCAAUUGAAGAUGUCCCCUUGCUAAGUACCAACUUGCGUAUCAUGAAAUUUUGGUCUUUUCUAUUGCAACACAAUUGGCGCCGUUAUUCCGCUCUGAUUCCAUACUUUUUUAUUAAUACAACACAAUUUUUGGACAUUUACUUUAGUACCGAACCAAUUGAUGCCAUUGUACGUAAUGCGUACAUUGCUGUACUAUUUUUCAAUACUAUAUUGAGAGCUGUCUUAUUGUGUUAUAAUCGUUUCGAAUAUGAAGGAUUUAUGGAGAAAAUACGUUUGUUGUAUAUUGAAUUGAUGAACUCCGAGGAUAAGAUUUUGAGGAAAAUGCUGCAGGAAUGCACUGUGGCCUCAAGAUUUAUAUCGAAAAUGAAUUUGAUCAUGGGUUUUACAUCGUGUGUCGGUUUUAAUAUGUAUCCCCUAUUUGCAACAUCGAAAGUUUUACCUUUUGGCAUGUAUGUCCCGGGCAUAGAUAAAUAUGAAUCACCCUAUUAUCAGAUAUGUUUCCUGUUUCAAAUAAUCAUUACACCGGCCGGAUGUUGCAUGUAUAUACCAUUUACGAAUUUAAUUGUAUCUUUUAUACUUUUUGGUAUUUUAAUGUGUAAAGUUUUACAACAUAAAUUGAGAAAUUUAAAGGAUGUUAGCAAUGAAAAGGCUCGAGAGGUUAUGGUAUGGUGUAUUAAAUAUCAGCUGCAACUAGUUAACUUUGUGGAUACAAUUAACGAUUUGACAACAUAUACAUUUCUUGUGGAAUUUAUGGCCUUUGGAGCUAUGUUGUGUGCCAUGCUAUUCCUGUUGAUUAUUGUCGAAACAAUUGGCCAAAUGUUCAUCAUCUGCAUCUAUAUAUUUAUGAUCUUUGCCCAGAGUGUCAUCAUGUACUACUUUGCAAAUGAACUGUACGAUCAAAGUUUGAAGGUGGCCAUUGCAGCGUAUGAAAGUAAUUGGUUUGAUUUUGAUGUUUCCACUCAGAAGACCAUCAAAUUAUUUAUAUUGAGGUCCCAGAAACCGUGUGCUAUUUUGGUAGGAAAAGUAUAUCCUAUGAAUUUGGAAAUGUUACAAUCACUUCUAAACGCCACAUAUUCUUACUUCACAUUGCUAAAGAGAGUUUAUGGAUAA